AUCACCAUCAUCAUCAUCACCACCAUCAUCACCACCAUGAUCAUCACCACCAUCAUCAUCACCACCACCAUCAUCACCACCACCACCAUGAUCAUCACCACCACCAUCAUCACCACCACCAUGAUCAUCACCACCAUCAUCAUCAUCACCACCAUCACCACCAUCAUCACCACCACCAUGACCCAUCAUCACCACCACCAUGACCCAUCAUCACCACCAUCAUCAUCACCACCACCAUCAUCACCACCACCACCAUGACCCAUCACCACCACCAUCAUCACUGCCAUCAUCAUCACCACCACCAUCACCACCACCACCAUCAUCACCACCACCACCACCAUCACCACCACCACCACCACCACCACCAUCAUCACUGCCAUCAUCAUCACCACCAUCAUCACAUUUUUGUGGUUAAAAUUUCCAGUUGUCAAAAACAAGGCUAUCAAGACGGGUUAGACGAAGGCAAGUUGAAAGGUUGGAACCAAGGCUAUGAAACAGGAUGUACGCAAGGAAAACAAAUUGGAAAUGAGGUAUUAACAUUGUAAAAAGGCAUUGAUUCUCAGGGGAAUAACCUUACAAGUGUCUCAAAACUUUCAAUAAUUUAGGUUGGAUUUUAUAAAGGAUUUGUCCUUACCUGGCUAGCUUGUUGCAAGCAAAACGAGAAAGUCAAAGUAAAGUUGGAAGCUCUGUCUAAACUACUUGACCAGGAUUGGAGUGACAUGACGAGAGAUCUCAUACCUGAAUUACAACGCAUCAGGGCUAAAUUUAAGCAGGUAAAACACAUGAAUACUAGAAAACAGUUUCUAUCUCUGACCCACUUCAGCUGUCCCCUUAAUCCUUGCUGUACACACGUAAAAACGCACAAGUUGUUAUAAGUCUACAAAACAAGUUGUUACAAAAUCUGUUUGUAAGCUGUCGACAAGUUGUGUUCGCACUGCUUGUUCCUAGUUAUUGGAACAAGUUUGGAACAAGCUGUUAAUAAGUUGUAACAAGCUUGAUGGCAUUGUUACACUUGUUACAAGGUUGUUCUAACACGUCUGAUACAGUCAUGAUAUAACAAGAAUGUUACAAGGUUGUUCUAACAAGUCUGAUACAGUCAUGAUAUAACAAGAAUGUUACAAGGUUGUUCUAACAAGUUUGAUACAGUCAUGAUAUAACAAGAAUGUUACAAGGUUGUUCUAACAAGUCUGAUACAGUCAUGAUAUAACAUGAAUGUUACAAGGUUGACAACAAUAUUGUUAUGUCAUGAUUGUAUCGAACUUAUUGGAACAACCUUUCAACAAGUCUGAAGGUCCAGACACACCGGACGCGAUUCGACAACGCGACGCGAUUUUUCGACCGAUAACUUUGAUCCUAGUUUAAAUUUUCUAAAUAUUUAGAAGCGCUAUAACAUUUUGAGUCAUUUGGUCAACAUUUCUUUCAAAAUUUGCUCUCAUUGGCUGUUUUAUUAACUUUCAAAAACUAAAAAAUCGCGUCGCGUUGCCGAAUCGCGCCCGGUGUGUCUGGACCUUAAUAAUAUCAACAAGGUUGUUACAAGUUGUUAACAGCUUGUUCCAAACCUGUUGACAACUUGGGACAAGCAGUGCGAACACAACUUGUUGACAGCUUGUUGGCAGACUUUAAUAACUACAAGAUGUGAGAUUGUUGCGUGUGCAAUCUCCUAAUGAUGCACCACCUCUUCCAUGUGAUUUCAUAGAGCAACAAUUGCAAGCCAAGUGGUGAUUAAAAUGUCCUAAAUAAUAUAACUUUCCAUAUUUUAGAUCUGCUCCAUGUUAAAUGUGAAUAUGGAAUACACAACAAAGAAUGCUGCCACCCAAAUGACAUUCUAGAUAACUUUGCUACUAUUAACUCCCAGUCUGGAUGGCUAGGCCUCUUUUGAAGAGUAUAACCCAUGGCAACUUUGAGGGAAAAGUGUCUAUAGUGAGCUUUCAUUUUCAGUGGCAUCAUUUAACCAUAAAUAUACAUUUUCUGCUUUUCAAAUAGCGACUAUACAAACUUCUUAGAUUAGACUUACUGUUAGUGCGUGUCAACCUCUUGAAACGAUUUAAUUGAUUUGUGAGCUCACAAGAAAAUACUCAGAAUGCUUUAGUUAAAUAUCACGGUUAAAUAUGUAAGCAUGUCGAGGUUGUUAUACAGCUAUAUUUAUAUUAUGUACUUUAACAAAUUUACUGUACUGUGCUACAGCAACUGUCCAGUCACACGUACACGAUAAAAAGCUGAUAUAAACUUUAUGAACAAAAUAUAAUGUGAAACGUAACAGAACGGCGAACAUGCAGAUUUGGCCAUCUCAAAUUAUGGUAAUGUUGGGAUAGUAGCGUUGCAGACUGCAGAGGAGAGUGGGCAGUAAGGCUCCCUCAUACACCACCCCAUGGAAAACCUGCAUCCCUCCUUGCAGGUGAGGCUAGAUACUCUCCUAUUGAUUUUAUGUUGAUGCAUCGUAGCUUAAUAUAUCUCGGAUCUUAAAAUUGUAAUUUCUAGACAAGUCAUUUAUCCAUACAAUUUAGUAUUUGAUCCAUUAGGCUCUUUAAUUCUCUCCUCAGAGGCGAGAGAUUUCCUCAAUUCAACAAUGUCCUACAAUUUUGUGGCAUUCUAAUUUAGAAAUACUAAUAUACUAUUAUCAUUUGACCAUUUGCGUAAUAGACUAAAUUUUGAUCUCAACAAAAAUUUCAUUACAGCUUUAAAGAGCAUCACAAAAUUAGUAAUAUUCCAAAGUUUCGUUGCAAAAUGUUGUAAAAUGCGGAAAAUAUAGCCUUACGAAAUUUUCAAUUUUCAGUCAUUUUAGAUUACAAACCGGAAAUUGACAGCCUCGAAGGGUUUGGGGCUGUCAAUAUCCCGUUUGUAAUCUAAAAUGACUGAAAAUUGCAAAUUUCGUAAGGCUAUAUUUUCCGCAUUUUACAACAUUUUGCAACGAAACUUUGGAAUAUUACUAAUUUUGCGAUGCCCCUUCAAGCUGUGAUGAAAUUUUUGUCUAGACUUGUUUAGUUCAAAAUU